AUGCCGUUCAACGAGUUGUCUACGUUAAAGGCACUUUUCCCAGAUGCUGUUACAUUGGCUCUAACCGCUACUGCUACACCAGACACUGUAGAAUAUUUGAUUAAAUCGCUCACCCUUAUUAUGUAUAAAGUCAUUGCUGUAUCGCCAAAUCGAAAAAAUGUGUAUUUAAACAUACAAAGACGCCCAAACUCUAACUUGGGUUUGAAAGGAUUUGAAGUUAUUCUCAAACCGUUGGCUGAAAAAUUAAACGUGCAAAGAGAACACUAUCCCAUGACAAUAAUUUACAUGCAUUUAAGAUAUUGUGGGUAUGGGUACAAAUUAUUUGAAAAUGUUAUAAGAAAUCAUUAUGUUGGUGACAAUAUUUGUCCUAGAGCAAGAUUGUUUGCACAGUUUUAUGCUUCUUGUACUACACAAAUGAAAGAGGAUAUAUUGAAGGAGUUAAAGAAGUCAGAUUCACGAAUUAGAGUAGUAUUUGCUACAACUGCUCUAGGUAUGGGUGUUGAUGCUCCAAAUAUAUCUAAUAUUAUUCACAUAAGUCCUCCAUCAACAUUAGAGUCAUUGGUUUUUUUUUUGAAAGAGACAAACAAAUGCCAAGCUUGUUUAGUCGGAUUUGCAGCUAAAUGCAAAAUGUAUGCAUGA